AUGCCGGAACGCCUCCAGAACUCGCCAGCACCGAGGCCCCGCCGCAUUGCUGGGGGUCUGGGAAAAGCCCUCCCACACCCUGCCGUCCUGUUCACCUCACCUUCUGGCGUGCCUGGUGCGAUGCUGGCAUUUCGUCUGGAUCACCUUUCCGACAAAGACCGCGUGUUCUCUGGGGGAGGGCCGGGGCGCGCAGUGGACCCCAGGCCCGGCGAGAGGCGACCUCAGAGCGCGCGCACCCCGCCCUCGCCCCACCUCUCCUGCAUCCCAGCCAACCUGGGCGCCCGACUGGCCGAGGGCGGGGACGGCAGCGCGCGGAGGGGCCGGGCGCUGGCCGCCCUCAAGGAGCAGCUGUCCCGUUUAAGGCAACAGGAUUUGGGGCUGAAAACCCACCUGGACCAGCUGGACCAGCAGAUCAGCGAGCUACAGCUGGAUGUGUGCAAGGGCGCCAGCGAGCUGCCAGACAGCGACAGCCGGCCCAGCUCAGGCUUCUACGAGCUGAGUGACGCCGCCUCCUGCUCGCGCUCCACCUCCUGCGCCUCCGUCUGCAGCGAGUCCGUCUCCUCCUCCCGCGGCAGCCUGCUGCCCGGCGCCCAGCGCCCCACGGCCCGACUCGGGGAGUACCGGCCGCGGUCAGCCGACGAGACCACUGUGCACAUGGCCCCCCCUCAGAGACCCCGCCUCGCGGAAGGCAGGGCGGAGGGCACCAGCGGGGCCUGGGGCAGGUUCAGACCCAGGCCCGUGUCCACAGGAGACCUUGAGAGGGUUGUGCCGACCGUGGUGGGGCCCCAGCGAGCGGGCACCGACGCCUGGUCCAGUUCCCCUCUCAGCCGUGGGGUCCCCAUCCUGCCGCACGUGGUGGACCCCAAGUACCAGAGUGACCUCGUGUCUCGGAGCGGCAAAGAGGUGUACCCCUACCCCAGCCCCCUGCACGCAGUGGCCCUGCAGAGCCCCCUGUUCACCCUGACCGAGGAGACCCCACAGGCCGGCGGCAGCAGCAAGCCCCCCAGGAACCCCUCUCCUGGCUCCGUGGGUGUGAGCUCGAUCCGGACCAGACCCAUCCCCGAGGCUAGCCCUGCGGGCGCCUACAUUAACAAGCUGCUGCGUGGGACUCGGGGCCGGGGAGGCCCCCUGAGGGGCGGCGUGGGUGAGCGGGCCACCCCCAGAUGUGGGGCAUCUUCAGCCCAGCAGGCAUGCAGUGGACAGAGUGUGGCUCGGGAGGGUCGACUCGAGAAGCUGGUCUGCUCUCUGGACAACAAGGAGGUGGAAGGUGUGACUCAGAUGGGGAGCACCCACGGGGGGAGCCCCACGCAGCCAGGAUCCGUGUCCCUGGUGGACACCCAGCAGCCUGCUGGCCUUCCAGAAGAUUCUGUGCCCUCAGAGAACUGCACCCUUGGGAAGACUGCCUGGGGCCCCCCUCUGCUGGAGCAGGAGCAGGAUGCCCCCACCUGCCCCCAGGCCGGGCCGCCUCACCCCACCUCCCAUUACUGGGAUGACAAGGCCGACUUGCCCUGUGGGAAACGGGGAACCAAGAGCCCCUCUGUGCUCUGGGGACAGCUCGUCCACACCCCGUUUGCUGCCACCCCUGAAGCCUACCCCACGCGGCUGAAAACAGGCAGCCCCAGGGUCAAGGCCACGAAAGUCAAGCGGAGGACGAGCAACAGGGCGCUGCGGUUUGGUAGGGAGGGGCCGAGGUUCCCAGAGAGGCAGUGGGGGGCCCACCUGGUGCCCUGGCUGCCCGCAAAGUGGGAGCCUUCCCACAGGCCCCAUGGGGAUGGCCAUCUCGGGGGAAGGGCGGCCAUGGCCGGGGAGGCGCCGGGCCGGUCCUGCUCUGAGACCAGUCUCUACCCUGUGCGCUUCUUGGUGCCCCUGGUGGCAGCCCAGCGGGAGAGCCACCGCGCGUCCGCCCAGGCCCUGUACCCACUAGGCGCCGCCCCCCUCGGCAUGGCGGCCGGCGGCUGGGCCAGGAGGAAGCAGCGCAGGUGGCUGUCCUCGGUGGAGAUCUCGGCCAGGGCCCGCCCCGCCGGCCUCCCUGCCCACCCUGGCCUGGGGCUCCACAGGCCGCCGGGCAGGAGGGCAGAGGGUCCCCGGGGCAGGCCCCCGCUGUCCAGGCCGGGUCCCUGUGCCCGCGGCGAGUCCCAGCACUCUGAGUCCUCGGCUGAGUGCGCCUCCGUCCUCCACUCCACCAUUGCCGAGACUAGUGAGGACGAGGGCGACAGCGACCACACCGCCAACCGGUUUGGGGAUGGGGAGUCCAGCGACAGCGAGGCCGAGACGGGCUGUAGCUUGGCGCCGGGCCAGGGUACGGCCGGGCCAGGGGAGCCCACGAGGCCUCCACCAGCUGCCCCACAGCUGCUACGAGCCAGCUCUGGGCCGAGGCCAUCCCCGGGGCCCAGACUGUGCCAUGUGAAGGCCUCCAGAGCCCUGAAGAAGAAGAUCCGCAGGUUCCAGCCUGCCUCGCUCCGAGUCAUGACCAUGGUGUGA